AUGGGAAAUGCUUGUUUUUCCUGGGACGUAUGUUUGUUUUUCGUCCUCAUAAAUACUUGUGGGGCAAUGGGAAAUGUCGAAGUCGCAGAUGCUGAUGAGUGUUCCGAGGCCACGGAUGACUGCCACAUUGACGCCCUGUGCCAGAACACCCCAAAGUCCUUCAAGUGCAUCUGUAAGGCUGGAUACAAAGGAGACGGCAAGCACUGCGAAGAUAUAGACGAAUGUGAGAAUGAUUACAAUGGUGGCUGUGUACACGACUGUAUCAACAUUCCUGGGAACUACAGGUGCACAUGCUAUGAUGGCUUCAUGCUCGCGCACGAUGGACACAACUGUUUGGACGUGGACGAGUGUCUGGACAACAAUGGGGGAUGCCAGCAGGUGUGUGUUAACACCAUGGGCAGCUACGAGUGUCAGUGCAAAGAGGGUUUCUUCCUCAGCGACAAUCAACACACCUGCAUUCACCGCUCUGAUGAUGGGAUGAACUGCAUGAAUAAAGAUCAUGGCUGUGCCCACAUCUGUCGAGAGACACCAAAAGGGGGCGUGGCCUGUGAAUGCCGGCCUGGAUUUGAGUUAGCUAGCAACCAACGUGACUGCACACUGACGUGUAACUACGGAAACGGCGGUUGCCAGCACACUUGUGAUGAUACUGACCAUGGCCCAGUGUGUGGCUGUCACCAAAAAUAUGCUCUGCACUCUGACAGCAAGACCUGCAUUGAGAAAGAUGAGGCUGCAAUUGAGAGCUCUGAGUUCAAUACCACGUCAGUAGCUGAUGUGGACAAGCGGGUGAAACGGCGUCUACUUAUGGAGACCUGCGCAGUGAACAAUGGCGGCUGCGAUCGCACGUGUAAGGACACAGCCACCGGGGUACGCUGCAGCUGCCCAGUGGGUUUUACCCUGCAACCUGACGGCAAAACCUGUAAAGAUAUAGACGAAUGUUUGGAGAAUAACGGAGGGUGUGACCACUUCUGCAGGAACACUGUGGGCAGUUUUGAGUGCAGCUGUCAGAAAGGUCAUAAACUCCUCACUAAUGAACGCACUUGUCAAGAUAUUGACGAGUGUUCCUUUGAGAGGACAUGCGAUCACAUCUGCAUCAAUUAUCCAGGCAGCUUCGAGUGCGUGUGUCAUAAGGGUUACAUACUAUAUGGUCUUACACACUGUGGAGAUAUUGAUGAGUGCAGCAUAAAUAACGGGAGCUGUGAACAUGGAUGUGUGAACACACAAGGUAGCUAUGAGUGUGUGUGCCCGCCUGGACAGAAACUGCACUGGAAUAAGAAAGAUUGCAUUGAGGCAGUGAAGUGUCUGCCCAAUGGUAAACCAGCCCCUCGUGCUCAGCUCAGCUGUACCAAGACAGGUGGAGAGGAGGUGUGCUCGCUAUCCUGUCCAUCUAACGCCCUUUUCGUCGCAGACUCAGAGAACAGUUACACACUGAGCUGUGGAGUACCAGUGCAGUCUGGUAAAGUACCACAGAAGAGGAACACCACAACCUCUCUACACAGUUGCACAGACACCUUAGCCCAGCCCAUCAAGCAGAAGGCUCGCUUCAAGAUCAAAGACGCCAAAUGCAACCUGAGACCACGGAACAAAGAGAAACAUCGGGAGGUUUCCAAACAGAAUCUGCAAGGAGGUCAGUUCCCAUGUACGGAUGAUUGUCAGGUAACAUUUGUGAAUCUGAAGUGUGACUCUUCGAAGAAGCGUCGAAGAGGAAGGAAGUCUCCAUCUAAAGAGGUUUCCCACAUCACAGCCGAGUUUGAGGUGGAGAUGAAAGAGGAGGAGGCCUCAGAUUCCUGUAACAUGGAGUGUGUGCGUGAGAAGAUGAAGCAGAAGUUACAGAGCACAAUGCGCACUCUUAGGAAGUCCAUUAGCAAACAGCAGUUUUAUAUCCAGUUCUCUGGCACAGCGUACGAGGUCGCCCACCGUGCAGCGCGGCAGACCGACAGCCUGGAGACCUGCAGCACCGGCCAGGUCCUCACGGACGGAAAGUGUGUCAGCUGCAGUGUGGGGACAUUUUAUAGUGGGGAACAGGAGCAGUGUGUACAGUGCCCACCAGGAACCUACCAGGACACAGAAGGCCAACUGUCCUGUGAGCCCUGUCCAAGCACAGAGGGACAGGGUAUCGCAGGGGCCAAGAACAUCUCUGAAUGUGGAGGCCAGUGUCCUGCGGGCCAUUUCUCUGCUGACGGGUUUCUGCCGUGCCAGCCAUGUCCCCUGGGCACCUUCCAGCCUGAACCAGGCCGGGUUUUGUGUUUCCCCUGUGGUGGAGGCCUCAUGACCAAACACAUCGCCAGCACAUCUUUCAGAGACUGUGAGGCCAAAGUUCACUGUGCUCCAGGGCAUCACUAUAACUCCACUACCCAUCGCUGUAUCCGCUGUCCUGCUGGCACUUAUCAGUCUGAGUUUGGUCAGAACUACUGCAUUACGUGCCCUGGAAACACCACCACAGACUUUGAUGGAGCCACCAAUGUAUCCCACUGCAAGAACCAGUUGUGCGGUGGGGAACUUGGAGAUUUUAUGGGCUACAUUGAGUCUCCUAACUACCCCGGAGACUAUCCUGCCAACGUGGACUGUGUCUGGACCAUAAACCCCCCAAAUAAGAGACGUAUUCUCAUCGUUGUGCCCGAGAUCUUCCUCCCCAUUGAGGACGAAUGUGGAGAUGUUCUUGUCAUGAGGAAAAGUGCCCUGCCCACCUCCAUUACGACCUAUGAGACGUGCCAAACGUACGAACGACCAAUUGCCUUCACCUCCCGCUCCCGGAAGCUCUGGAUCCAGUUCAAGUCCAAUGAGGGCAACAGUGGCAAGGGCUUCCAAGUGCCCUAUGUCACCUAUGAUGAGGACUACCAGCAGCUCAUAGAAGACAUUGUUCGUGAUGGUCGACUCUAUGCCUCUGAGAAUCACCAGGAGAUAUUAAAAGAUAAGAAACUGAUCAAGGCGCUGUUUGACGUGCUGGCACAUCCUCACAACUACUUUAAGUACACCGUUCAGGAGUCCAAGGAGAUGUUCCCUCGAUCCUUCAUUAAACUGCUACGUUCCAAAGUCUCCAGGUUUCUACGACCGUACAAAUAG